AUGUCCAAAAGCCUUCUGUUUGAGCAUCUACAGCAAAUCCGCUCGCCCGCGUUGCACGACCUGCAAAGGGCCAUCGGCGCAGAACAAUCCAACAGAAAUGGCAGCGAUGGUUUCGGCAAUAACGCGGAAGUCGCUCGCAGUGCUACGAGUACGCCUUGUGAAGAGAUCUCCAGACAUUGCAGCACCCACAGCUGCCUCCCCGCUACCAGCGACCUCAGCUUCAGAGACAGCUGUCACAUCUGCAACGAAUGUACUUCCCCAUCUGUUAGCAAAAGUAGCGCUGACAAUGCAGGACUCGUUGCUCGCCGUAUCUUCUUUCGCUCCCAGCCUCUGGCGUCGCCGUCCCCACCGUAUAGCAUCGACACUGAUGGAUCCUCUCAUAAUUCUUCCAGCGGGGUGACAACAUCAUGCAACAAUCACAGUGCGAACUGCGGCUGCUCUGUAUCGGGAGGAGGCGUUACCUGCACGAGUGACAUUUUUUCGAUUGACUCAGUUUCUCUUGCCUCCGCAGUGCUUAUACCUCAUCUUCUCCCCAUCUUUCGUCGCGUCUGGGAAGACAGCAACGCGAACUCCUGGCCGUCUGCUUCCUCGAAGAUAGGGCUGGGGCCCUCUGACCCAUCCGGUAUUUCAGGUGUAGAAGUAUGGAAACUGCGCCCGAGUACUGAAGUCAGCAACCAGUUCAAGCUUUGGGGUAAUGAGGCCCUACGACGGGGUCGCUUAGCGGCUGCUGAAGCUCUUUAUUUAGCCGCGAUCAUGCUUCUUCCAAGCAAAAGCAGCAAAGGCGAAGGAAGCGACGCUCUAUUUGCUGUCCUGUCUGCAAAUAGGGCUCUUGCUCUCUUGAGACUUGGACGCGUCAGGGAAGCAGUACGAGCGGCUACAGUUGCUGUUGCUACGGAUCCGUUGUACCGUAAGGCGUGGCAUCGCCGUGCAGCUGCUCUGGUUAGUUUACGGGAAAAAGUAGAAGAAUAUUUCCAGAGUGCCGGCAGUAACUUCAUCAACAGAAACUGCCACAGCAGCGCAUCGUGGAAUGAAAUUAUUCGUUCUUGUCUAGAACAUAUCGACUAUGAGAUAGCCGAGGCUCAGAGGAUGUCGAUGAGCCAAGCAAAGCCAACUGAUGCACAAGUCGCAGCAGCCGGUAUGCUUAUUGGCACUUGCGGCUGCGAUUCCAAUGUAGCCUGUAGCCGUUCGUCGGAAUCUAUUGCACCUGAGUUUUGUUCACGUAGACUCUGGAUUAGGGGAGACAUAAAUCUGCAGCGCAACGAGAAAGGGUGGGGCAUGGUGACCACGAACGCAGCUGUGGCUGAACAGGAGGGUGAUUCGUCUCUUGUUUUGGAAGAAGAAGCAUUUGCUGUGUGGGUACACCCUAAGCACUGUGCAGCUAUCCCGAAAAUCCCUUUAGCAGCUGCGUUCCCGUGCUGUGAAUUAUCGAAUUCGCAAGCACCGUACUCCCUGGAGCUGCACGCGGAUGAAGCCAUGCGCCGUGCCUGGGAAGAGCUUGUUGAAGAAUCUGCCGUUAGCAAGAUGUGCACUUCAGAAAAUGUGGGGAAAGAAGACUCUGACGUAUCUGUGGAAUCAGCUGAUGGAGUUCACGAUGUAUGUGCAGGCUGUGCAACAGUACCAGCUAGAGCGGAGGCAGCUGCAAGUGUGUGGCACUCACAAGCGCUGGACUCUUGGAACGUGGCAAUCAAUUAUCUACUCAGGCCAACGCUGCCCGUUUUACCCUGUGGCUCAUGCACAGGGGCGCUCUUCUGUUGUCACGUCUGCAAAGAUGGCUCCUCUCACAAACGCGUUUGUAGCCUCCCGCAACACGUGGAUCAGGAUCAACACCAGGAGUGCUGGAUGGGUGUGCAAACGGCGCUGAGGCAACGCAACACUGCAGGUAGCACAUGGGAAGCAGCUGGAAAGUCUGCAGCGUGGAGCGCAUUGUCGCCUUUAGCACUGUCGCUGCCAGAUCCCCAUCGACACAUUGCGCGGCAGCUAUUAGCAUCCUUUCUGCCGUCAACAACUACAUCAUCGAGUAAACGAUUAGAUGCGGAGGACCAUUGUGCCCUAGCGCGGUCUGCGGUGAACGCGGGAGGUGCCCUUACCCCUUCAGGAUUAAGGAAACUAAGGGAACCGGUGUGGCAGCAGCUGCUUUCAAUGACUUCCUCUGUAGUUGUUGACAGCACCAAGAUUACCGAUUGGUUGCUGAAUGCUGCAUGGCUUGCUGGAGAUGCCGUUGCUUCCGGCCGCGUGCUGCAAUGUGGCGGUCUUUGUCUUCUAUGCAAGCCGUUUCUGAGGCAGGCACCUACGGUUGUGGACUCUUCAGUCCCAGAAGCAGCGUUGCAGUCGACGCAGACAAGGGCGACAGAACCAGAGGACGCCCUCGUCGAGAUGGCUAAAAUCGGGUUGUGCUCGAAUUGCUGCGCAUGCUGUCGGGAGUGGUGCUCUCAUUGCUGUACUGAUGUGCCAGAUUUGCAGUCCAGUGGGGUCACAUUGGCGUGUCAACCAUGUUUCCCUAGGUGCCUAGUUGCUGCAGCGCUGCAUGCAUAUGGCGUAGCCUGUUGCAACAGCUUCACAGUUCGUGUUAUGUGUGAUCCUGAGGAAGAUGCCGUCCCUGCUGGCACUGCAUUUUUCCUCGCAGCGUCUCUCCUUAACCAUUCAUGUACCCCGAAUGCUUUUGCAACAUUUGGGGAGCUUAGCCUCCAAGGGCAGCGAUAUCAAAAGCACCACGGCGACUUUGUGCAUUUCUCCAGUCCUCAAGACGUGCGGUCUUCUUUGAGCAAUGCCAGCGUCUCCGGGCGCGGAGCCCUUCUACAGAUCCGCCUAUGUACACGCGGAAAAUGUGAAGAUUCCCAGGAAAUUUGCAUUUCUUAUGGUCCAAUAGUAGGCCUGCAAAAUAGCUCAUGGGGAUGUCGUCAGGACUGGCUUUUAAGGAAUGCAGGGUUUUUCUGUCUUUGUGAGGCGUGCCAGGCUCCGCGUUAUGAAGGUAGCGUAGCCAUUGCUGGAGAUAUACCUUUUCGGCACGAGCUAUUGUGUGGCUACCCAUGUCCCCAUUGCACCUCAGGACCACGAGUGCAUCAGCUCUUGGAGGAGGUACUGCGAAGUGAUUGUAGUAAACAAAAACGAUAUGUGCUUCUUGAGGCAACUGUGCUGCACAGACGCAGCUUAGAUUCGCGUCUUCGCGGGGAUUCGGUGCCGACAACUCAGCAGCGGUUCCAAAUGAGAAUGCCCUUCAGUGGCUUUUCAGUACUUUCGGAAGUGCCCGCAGAAGCACUUAACUUCGUCACAGUCUAUUCCAAAUUGCUUUCAACUACGCUGACUGAAGGGGAACCACAGCAUCCGUGGACGAAAACGCAAGCAUUGGCGAUACUGGGUCAUUCGUGUGCACGCUUGUGGCACCGUGACGUUUCGGCUAGUCCUGAUUCACGAGUCGUUAUAGCGUCAGUUCUGAAUAGUAACGGGCCUUUCUUCGUGUGCAGCGGCUUUUACUGCCUAAAUUGCCGCGCACGCUUCGCCUUUGAUAUUCUUGAGAACAGACGGGCAGCCAUUGCUGUGCAACUUGACGGCUUGCUUCGACAACUUGGAAGUUCCGUCACGUCCUUAGUCAGCAGUAGGAGAGUGCGGAGCUGCAUGCAAUUCGCGGAUAUUCUAAAGGAGACCAUGCGAGCAAUUUCUGGUGCUCUUGCUGCCAGUGGCUUCUUGUCGGCUGAUGCGUGGCGUGCUCUACACGCUGUGGCCAGGGCAGCCUACGCGCAGGCCAAGAUCGCUCGCCGUGAGUAUGGAGAUGAAAGAGCGUAUCUCGAGCUGCUCAAUUUCGCAGCAAUGUGUCAGUCUGCGGGAAUCUACGUGUUGCUGCAAAGGCUUCCUCUUAGGUUGGAACAGCCAGAAGUGUCUGCUCAGAUGUACAAGGCUGCAAUGCUUUUCAGCCAAGCAGGCUCUAUCAUCGAAGCCAAGCAGAUUCUGAGAGCAGCAGAAGAAGCUGCAGUCCAUUCGUGCGGGUCUCACAGCAUCACCCAUUACUUUGUAAAGGAAUUACUACUUUGGCUGGAGGAGAAACGGGUUUAG